AUGAUUCCUCCAGCUGACACGCUGCUGAAAUACGACAAUCCAGUUCUGGUCAACAAAAGCACAGACAGAAAAUCACCAAAGGGACGCCCUUUGAAAGUAAGCCCUCAGCAGCCCAUUGACUCUACACCUGUUCCACCACCUCCUAAACCAAAAUCAGCGUCUACUGAGGCUACUAAGCAGGAAAAUGAGGAGAUCCUCAAUUUAAUCCUCCCACCCAGGGAGUGGAUGGAGGGAAACCAACUGUGGGUGCAGAAAGUAUCCAGUACACCUUGUACAAGAGCAGAUGUGUUGCACCUAGAGGAACUCCUAGACACAAAACUGCAGCAAAGACAGGCCAGAGAAACAGGAAUCUGCCCUGUCCGCAGGGAGCUCUAUUCCCAGUGUUUUGAUGAAUUAAUCAGACAGGUAACAAUCAACUGCGCUGAGAGGGGUAUGCUAUUGUGGCGGGUCAGAGAUGAGAUUCAGAUGACCAUUGCUGCCUACCAGACCGUGUAUGAAAGCAGCAUAGCUUACGGCAUGAGAAAGGCACUGCAGGCUAAGAAGGGCAAAGCUGAUAUGAAAAACAGAAUUUUGGAGCUAGAAAACGAGAAACAAGAACUGAAGAAGGCGCUGAAUGAAGAGAAGGCUAAAUGUGAAACAGUUGAGAAGACAGAAGCUGAAAAGCGACAGCUGGAAGAAAAGAGGCACGAUGAGGAGAUCCAGUUCUUAAAGAGAACCAACCAACAGCUUAAGACUCAACUAGAAGAGAUAAUUACACCAAAGAAGUAA